AACUUUCCUAUUGAUAGAAUAAAAAAGCGCGAAAUUCCCGGCUCGUUUAAGCAAAAUAGUGCUCAUGUGCUCAUGUCUCUUCGUUAUCGACAACACAUCAUUGAAUAACCUAAUACUUAAAAUAAAUCACAACAAUUGCACGAAAGUCUGUCAGAAUGAUUUUAAAGUCAAUAUCUACAAGAUACCUGUCUAUAGCAAGAGCCAAAUGUUUUAGACACAUGUCAACUAUUGCACGUGAUAAAACAAAUGAAAACAGUACUAAAUCAAAUGCUGAUGACACUAAAAAUUGGCAGGCUGAAUUAUUAGCUACUAUGAAAAUUUUUCCUGACUUCCUUACGCCACAGGAAGAAGAGUCUUUACUCCAAGAAGUCGAACCAUACAUGAAGAGACUGCGAUAUGAAUUCGCUCAUUGGGAUGAUGCUAUUCAUGGUUAUAGAGAAACAGAACGUGCCAAAUGGAAUGAAGAGAAUACCAAAAUUAUCAAUAAAGUUCGUGUAAAGGCAUUUCCACCUGGUAAACCACAGCUUAAGUUUGUGCAUGUAUUGGAUUUAGCUGCGGAAGGAAAAAUAAAACCUCAUGUAGACAGUAUUAGGUUUUGUGGUGACAUUAUAGCUGGUUUAAGUUUGCUCAGUGAUUCUGUAAUGCGUUUAACAAUGGUUAAUCAUGAAGAAGAAUGUAAACAUGAUUUUUUUUUACCAAGAAGAUCCCUCUAUAUAAUGAGUGGUAUAGCAAGACAAAAAUACAACCAUGAAGUAUUAGGACCCGAAGAAUCGAUAUUUGAAGGAAAACCAGUGCCAAGAGCCAGACGUAUCUCAAUAAUAUGCAGAUGUGAAGCAGAAUCAGAGUGCGAUUAGUAUUAUUACGUGGGGCAUAAGGCCAAAGUCCUCGAUAAUCUCGCGCCAAGUAGAGAGCAAUGUUAUAAAAUUUAACAAAUAAAUAUAGGAUACAAAGAAACAGGAGAAUACGAGUAUGAAGAAAAAAAAAUUUUCGUGUUGCACACCAAUUUAUUC